AUGGUGGGCAAGAAAUACAAGAUUUGCGGCGUCGGCGCGGGUAUUUUGGGUGUCCCUGUUUGUGCCGUCAUCGCCUCAAAAUGUCCAGAGUAUUCUGUUAGUGUCGUAGACUGUGACAGAGACAUCAUUAACCAGUGGAACAAUGGACCCGAUUAUCCCAUUUCUGAGGUUGGGCUGGAUGAUUUGCUUAAACAAUGCAAUGGCAAGAAUUUUAUAAUUUCCUCCGAAGCCGAUGCGUACCUUGCCGAUGCCGAUAUCAUCCUCAUUUGUGUGAAAACUCCUGCCAAAUCUCUCGGUGUUGGUCGCGGCAGGGCUGCCGAUUUGGGCAGUAUUGAGGCAGUGUCGCGUCAAAUUGUCGCCUCGGGAAACUCUUCGGCCAUUGUGGUUGUCCAAAGCACCGUGCCCAUUGGUGCUACUGAUCUCAUUAAUAGCAUCUUCUCUGCAAACAAAAAGCAACCUUCGAAACUCAUCGUUCUAUCUAAUCCUCAAUUCGUCUCCGAGGGCAGUGUAAUUGAAAAUCUCCUCCAUCCAGAUCGUGUUGUACUGGGUGGAGAGGCGGAUGCGGUUUCAAGAAAGGCUACCAAUGUUAUUAGUAGUAUUUAUGAGCGUUGGGUGCCCAAGGAGAAGAUUCUUACAAUGUCUACCAAAUCGGCGGAGGUUACAAAACUUGUGACGAAUGCCUUUCUGGCUCAACGCGUGAGUAGUAUCAAUGCCAUCUCAAGUGUAUGCGAGGAGACAGCAGCUGACGUGCGACAGGUUGCCGAUGCCGUGGGCCGGGAUACACGUGUUGGUGGACACUUCCUUGAUGCCGGUCUUGGAUUUGGGGGUAAUACACUACCACCGGAUCUUCAUCAUCUGGUCUACACUUGUGAGUCAUUAGAGUUACCAAUAGUUGCAGCCUUCUGGAACGCAGUAUUGACUGUCAAUGAGUUCCAAGUGUCGAGAUUCUUCCGCAAAAUCACAGCACAUUACUGCGAGACUCUGCGAGACAAGAGGCUGGCUCUCCUCGGUUGUGCCUUCAAAAAAGGCACACCAGAUGUCAAAAACAGUCCGGCAAUUAUGAUAUGUUGCCGCUUGCUGUUAGAGGACUCCACCAUCGCGGUGUAUGAUCCUCUGGCUAAAAAGGAAUUCCUUGUGGAUGCGAUUACAGAUAUACUGGGACAGAAGCCAGCCAACAUCGACAAUUUGAUUUGGUGCGCAACACCAAUGGAGGCUGCUGAAAACGCGGACGGAAUUAUCGUCUGUACAGAUUGUGAUGAAUUUAAGACCCUGGACUACAAUGCACUCUACCAAACAAUGCGAAAACCGGCCUCCUUCUUUGACGGACGUCUAGUGGCGCCUCAUCGAGAGUUGCAAGAGAUCGGCUUCCGUGUGGAAGCACUUGGAGUUCGUCUGAAGUGA